AUGAUACGCUCAGGGGCUGCCGGAAAGGCGGCUCUGGGCCUGUCGCGCGCGCGAUGGACCUGUCCCGCCUGUCUCUGUCGACGGCAGUACUCACAAGAGCCCGAGAAGCUCCAGCCUCCCGAUCAUAGAAAACUAGGACUGCAGCAAGAACUCUUCAUCACCUCCACCUACAGCCCCGGAUCGCCAAUCUUCCUGCCAAACGGAGCCAAAAUCUUCAACCGACUAUUCGACUUCAUCCGAAAGCAGUACGUCCGCUAUGGCUUCCAGGAAGUCAUCACGCCAACGAUGUACAAAAAAGCCCUCUGGGCCAGGUCGGGCCACUUGGAGAACUACGCAGACGACAUGUACACCGUCAUCGGCAACACGAGCACACCUGAGAAUGAUCCAGGCGGGUGCUGCGGAAGCCAUCACGGCCCGGCCGAGCCCGACUCGGAAGCUGGCAACGAGUACGGCUUGAAGCCAAUGAAUUGCCCGGGGCACUGUCUCAUAUUCGCCUCCAAAGUCCGCAGCUAUCGCGAACUGCCAGUUAGAUAUGCCGACUUCAGCCCUCUGCACAGAAAUGAGAUCUCAGGCGCUCUAUCUGGGCUGACCCGUGUACGACGGUUCCACCAGGACGAUGGCCAUAUUUUCUGCCGCCCCUCGCAGGUCGAACAAGAGAUCAGGAAAACACUGGAAUUCGUCAAGGUUGUAUAUGGCGUUCUUCGCCUUGGCGUCAGUUACAGACUUGCCCUAUCUACGCGGCCAAAGGACCACUUCAUCGGCACCGAGGACGAGUGGGAUAGAGCCGAGGAUCGAUUGAAGGUGGCAUUGGACUCGUCGGGCAUGGAGUGGAGCCUCAACGAGGGAGACGGUGCCUUCUAUGGGCCCAAGAUUGACAUUGUCAUUAGGGAUUCGGACGGGAAAGAGCAUCAAACUGCUACGAUCCAGUUGGAUUUCCAGCUCCCAAAGCGCUUCGCGCUUGAGUACCAGGCGCCCGCACCGGAAUACGAAGCGCGGGGGGAGACAACGAACGACCUCGCCCUGUUGGCGGAAUACGGCCCCGUGCGACCAGUCAUGAUUCAUCGAGCGGUGCUGGGCUCGGUGGAACGGCUCAUGGCACUUCUCAUAGAGUCUUACAACGGCAAAUGGCCCUUUUGGCUCAACCCACGGCAAGCCAUCAUUCUCACGGUCAAUACAUCACAACCUGUCUUGGACUGGGCAGACGAGGUCAAGGACGUCCUCCUCGGGUUGAAGGAGGAAGCAGGCCAGACAAAACCCGACGGACCAGUGAACCCGACCGGCCUGGCGGUUGAUGUCGACCACAGCGCUCGCUCCCUCGGCUCCAAGAUCCGAGAAGCGCGGACUAACGGGUACAGCCAGAUCCUCGUCGUGGGCGAAGAGGACGUCAAGAAUGGCCAAGUAAGCUUGGGCAAGGAGAGAAUGAGUCCCAUGGAGAUGCGUGACAAGAUGCGCAACAUGGCCGACGCGUUCGAAUAG